AUGACAACCUCAGUCAGUCCGGCAACGCGUUACGAGGCGGCUUGCAAGAAAGGUGAAUUGAUGUUACAGAUGCUGGAAGCUAGCUUUGAUGAGCUUGGUAAUUUACUCAAAUACUCAAAUACGCCAGCUGAAAGCGAAUACCUCAACUACAAAGAACUCUCGGAGAACAAUUGGGUUGAGCGGUCCUCCGGGGACGAUUCCAAAAUUCUGGCGCGACUUUUAGAGGACCUUGGAAUCGACACUUCACGCAAUAUUCCUGUUUCUCAUCAUCACUGCGGCCUUGAAUCGAUAGAAGGAUCGCUACAAGAAGAACUUGAGAUGAAGAUACGCUUCGACUCGGUAAUCAACACUUCCGGUGGUAUGAUUGCAGCCAUGAACACGUACAGUCCCAUGGAAGAUUGGAGAAGAGCGGAAGCGGAUGCCGAAAACGUUCAACUUAAGCAAGCCGGUCACAAGUCUAUGGAGAAGAACAACGUUGGCGAUGACGUCCCUAGUCUCAAGUACUGGUCAGAUGUCGCAUACCUGCAAUGGGCCUGCCGUAACACGGACUCAUCCGUCCUACGUUAUGUGAUGCGAAUGAGCAUCACAAACGAAAAGACAAAAGCAGUCAUCCAGCAUAUCAAACAAAAAGCCCAUCCGAAAGCUUCAGGCUCAUACUCAUUCGACGUUGACGACCGGGAUGAAGUAGCCGCUUUUCUAGGGACACCGAAUGGAGCCGGAGUCGCUUGGUUGCUCAUACAGCAUAAGCAGCAAUUGGGCCACAAGACAGUUUACAAGAUAACGGUGGACUGUCGAGAAAUCUGGCAUAAUAGCAAGACGAUAGUUCCAAGUUUGGUGUUCCACCUUCGCGACGUCGUCAUCACGAAGCCAGGCAGCGAGGAAGGUGAUUAA